AUGUUCGCGAAAGCUGCUGCUUCGACGUUUGCCCCUGGUGCUAAAGGGGCAGUAUACCUUGACUCUCAUGAUGCCAAACUGAUUCAAUUCAAAACCGCGAUGUACAAGCUGACUGAGAUCAGUCGCGUAAUAUCAAUUUUAGAAAAGAGUCUGAAUCGAAACAACACGACGACGAGAUAUAUUAUACCUUUGGCGAAUUACAUUUUAGCGCUCUGUUACGGGCCCGCUUUCAAUGUACAUCCUUCAAUCGCGAGAAGAAUAAAAUUGCUGAUGGAAUUCAAGGUCGAGGAUUUCAAUGAUGUUCGAAUCCCGCUGAACAGCUCACCGGUAGAACUUUUGACUACAUUUCCAGAAGUGGACUCUAACUUCGAUACGUAUAGAGGUAAGAUAUACAACCUGGAAUUGCAGAUCAGAACGUUAAGCGCUUUACAAAAAGUUACCAAAAACGCGCUACUCAUGUACAACCGGAAGUACAAAGAGUGCUGCAUGGAACGUGAUGCAAGCAGGCCUACUGAUAUAUCAGGUAGAUCUGUCAGUUUUGAUGAAGACUCGGUGAGAGAUCUAAUACAACCAACUGAGGUGAGUCUAUCGCUUGAUUUGGCCGUACUCAUAAAAGAUAUCGAUGUUGACGCAUCUGAAAGCUCCUUUUCUAAGUUGAAUCUACAGGUUCUAACUAAAAUUAGGGAUCAUCUCAACGAAAAGGCAAUUGGCUCUUUGAGGUCCUACCAUACAUCCUUGUUUCGAUUUACAAGGGCCACCUCGAUGAGCCAAGCUAAAAUUAUCAUGAGUUUGCCAUACUGGCAAUAUACGAUGCAUCGGAUAUAUGCCAUGGCUCUGCGUACAGUAUACUUGCUUCAAAUGAUCAAAGCAGCCACUAGACAAAUCUUCAUUCCUAGCAAAAAGUACUUUAAUGACUCCCGAACCCAAUUUCAAGCCAAAAACUCGUACGAGUACCAGCUGCUGCUGAAAGAUUUAGAGGCCCUAUCUUCUGGCGAUGAGGAGGAAGGUUUCGAGACGCGAAUAAAAACCCUUGGUUCAUUUUGCAAGCAGGGCUCAUUGUAUCCGGUACAACCAAAAAACAUUUCUUAUGCUUUUCACGAUCAUGUAACAUUACUUGUACAAACUUUGAGGACUCGAAUGCUCCUCUUGGACAAUUGGGUUGACAAUUGGACAUAUUUGAGGGACAACUCUUCCACGGAAGCGUUCCGAGACAAGGCUGAUGAGGAAUUUGAUAAACUCUUGUCUGAAAAGUUUGUGACUGAUAAAUCGACUUAUCUGGAGAGUAGAAAGGCCGAAGCCUUGGAGAAACAAACUAUUACAAAAAACGCCACGGUUAUGGCCAAUCGGAGCCCCAUAAAGACCGUUUUCCGCUCAAAUUCAGCUCGGAAAGCGAGAAGACCUUCUGUUUCCAGCGAAACGUCGUCUGGUACCACAUCACCUGCGGUAAUGUCCCGGACUCCCUCAACUGACGAACGUAGACAGGUCUCCUUUCCUAAGAUGAAAUCAUCUAUGAACAAUACGACCAGCUACCUUUCACCACAAAACUCCAGAAGGGGUUCUAUCACGGGACUUAAGGCAUCGCCUUCAGAAAUCUCAUCUUCUUCUAUGAAAUCUGUUAUUGUUAACAGGGGAAGGAAACGCUCUGCAUCAUUACAAACAUCAGGCGGACCGCCGGGUGAAGCUAGUCAUGAGCGUGCGCACUCUUUACAAGCCGCCGCGACAUUAAAUCAACGUAUGAUUCAGAAUGCAUAUCAUCAUCUUUCGCCUAAGCUCACCGAAAAGUAUGACACCGUACGCGAGGAACGUGGAGGUAGCAGUAAUUCUAACAAAAAAUAUGCCGCCGUGGCUUCAACGCACGCCAUGAGUUCUGAGUCACCCUCGCCAUUGAUGAGAAAUUCUGACAGCCGAAUAUCGGCUGAUGAGCUGAGAAUCAGUAAUCUGACACUUGGUGACAGUGAAACUGACGUCGAACACUUAGAAAAAGAUUCAGGUUCUUCAACAAACUUGUCGAAUUCAGAAACUAACGCAACCUCUGACAACGGGGAAGAUGGUGAGCUUAGUACAGUCAUCACUGUCCAAGUCAAGAAAGUACGCUUUACCGGAGUUCCACCAAUGAGCGACAAAGAGGAUCCAAAGCCAAAACGAAGAGGAUGGUUCAAGAAACCUGCAGUGCUCCAUUACCCACCACCGCCUUCGCAGUUUUCUUCUCCAAGGUAUAGACUAAGGCAAGAAGGGUUAGCUUUCCGUCACAACGGAGGACCCGAGGAGCUGGAAGCAGGUGCACGAAAACCUUUUUCAUUUGCACAUCUUGACCAGCAAGCUGGCCAUAGAUUGUCAUCGAAGAUACGGGAAAGAGUGAUCCGAUGA